AUGUCGGCAGAGGUAAAGAAAAUGCCUUCUCAAGAAGUAACUGGAGGAAGCAAGAUCGAACUUCGCACUUCGUCCGGUACAGUCAUUUGUUUGAAUUUCUCAGAGGAGGACCAAGUGCUGCCGAAGAUUGUUCGCCUCGUCGACCCAGACACAGAUGACACUGCAGUUUUCCGGUCGGAAGAUGGAGUUUAUCACGAGCUAGAUUCAGACUCUGCUGCGAACUUGCAAGAAUUUCAACACAUGAAUCAUUGUCACCAUUGCAACUGCAGCGAUGGGAACGAACAAUCUUCAAACACGAAUACCGAUGUCCGUAAGGGAGACGAAAGGGGUGAUAAACAACGAGAAAAACUACAAAAGAUACUUCGGGAAAGGAAGGCGAACAAAAAAGAGGAUGAAAAUUGCAAUGGCCACUGCCAUCAGAUAAUUCAACUGCCGAUACGAGGAUUGAAACAGUAUGUACGAGUUAAUUCAUCCCAGAUGAAUGGUGAACACAAAACGAGCCCUUCUAAAGACGGUAAUUAUAGCAAGGCUAUAAUCCUUGCGUUUUCGAUUUAAUUGUUAGAUAAAGUAUACAAAGUUCUUUGAUCGAGGCUACUUUGAAACAGAAAACGCGGGUUAUUGCUCACAAACUUCUGUUUUUAAUUUUGGUUUGUUUUUUUUCUUCCGUGGGGGUUCGAAUUUUUUCCAUAAGGUUGUAUAGACAAGUUUUCGUCAACAGAGGCGAUAUUUCUUGUCCUUUCGUGAUAACGACAAUCAUUUUCUUAACAUAUUGAAAAUUCGUCCUGAUUUUUUUGGGGGGGAAAAUUACUUCUUGUGUGUUCCAUGAUUGACCUUGUUUUCUUUUCCAUCACACUGAAAGGACAAAAAUAGACCCACACAGGAUGAUGUAGCGGACGCUACAAGUGGCGAGGAUGAAAGCUGAAAGAAAGUGCUAGAUAAAUGUAACUUUAAUUUUUUUCUUACUUUUUUCUUCAUCUCUAAUUCGUCCUUUUUUUCGAUCAAUAGAUUCUUCACCGGAAUCAAAGCCAGUCAAAGGUAUCCAUACGAAUAUGUCUUUAUUUAACGUCUUUGGUUUAUAUUUCUAAAUAUUUUCGUCAACAAACAGACUAUAAGUUAUAAAUGAUCAUGGUAGAAGCUAGUACUACCUGUACCAUGGAUCACAUGCCACAAAGACACGCUUGAAAGAAAUCAACCAAAAAGUCCCUUUGUUCUACAUAUGUUUAAUUAAAGUGCCGGGGGAAAUUGGUUAAAAAUAACUUAAAAGAGGAAGAAAACAUUCCUGUCUCUUUCUCCUAAAAUACAAUUCUGUCAUUGCCGAACAGACUCUUUUUUUUUCCUUUGAGAGAAUGUUCAUGUAUGUUAUAAUGAAAAUUAUUAGAGGUGGAUGUAAAAAUAAAAGUAGGAAUAUUGUUGGUUUUUCCAUAAUACAUGUACAUGCACAUGUAAAUAACAGCAGAAACAUAUCAGUUUACGUAAAUGAUAUUUUUGAAAUGCCCUAUAUCACUUUACAUUCGAGUUUUUAUAAUUUUUUUAAAAGGUUCUUUGGAAAAUUGAACAUACAUAAUUUUUUACAUUUUGAUUUACAAGGAACAAAAAUUAGUCUGACCAUUUGAUACAUAACGGUAUAAACAGAUAAAUUAUAAUGUUGAUAAAUUUUGUGGAAAAUUCCAAACAUUUAAAUUCAUCUCACGAUUUAAAUGCUUGUGUUUGUCAAGUCUUAGUUUUCUCUAUAAGAAACGAUAACUUCCUUAGCACGUAACAUAUUUCUGUUUGAAGUUUUUUGCCAUAGCUACUAAGUGGUCCUUACUGUAAAAUUAAUCUAAGUAUGGGGUAAUUGUCAAGCUUCCUCACCCUCGAAUCAAAUGUAAAUGUCAUGAGAAUAGAGAAAAUGAUCACCAAUUUUAGAAACUUCUGAUUGUAAAUCAAAUUCUCCUUGCCACUAUUGUAGAAAAUGUAAAGAGAACAGUGUGGAGAAGAUUAAUACUAAUCAAAUAUUAUAGUGUAAAAAGUUAAUUCCUAUUCGGCUUUACCUUUAGUUGAUGUUUUCGCAACAACAGUAAUAUAUUGGGUAUUAAAGUAAAUUUUUAAGUCAAUGUGAUCAGGUUAAUGUUAAAAGAUAUGGUGAGUUUAAAAGUAUUUACGACUUACAGCUGAUCUUGGAGCAAGUCAGUUUCACCCACUAAUUGUGUUCUACUCUUUCUUAUGUAAGCUUACUAGUAAUAAGCCUCUUAGGCUUAUUAACUAAAAUGAUAUAUGCACCUUUAAUGUGAUAACGGUACCACACACCAGAUUGGAUUUGAUUGUGUUGGGUAAAUGGUUCCCGGGAGAUCUAAGUCAGAAUAUAAAUAUUGCCAACUUUGCCUGAUACAGGUAGCCAACAUUGUUAAAAACAAUGUAAAAAAAAUUCAUGUGCUGUUACUUUCAUUUUGAAUGGUUUUAUGCAAUGGGAUUUAAGCUUGAAAUAUGAACUCCAACAUGACACUUGACUGUAGCUUUGUGUUUGAGAAAUCAAAUUUAAAACAAAAGUUACAUUCAGUUUUUGAUCAUGGAAAGUAGAACAGUUUAGGUUAUUGCUAAUACAUGUGUAUACAUGUAACUGUGAGAUUUGUUUGGCAACAAAUAUUGUGCUUAGGGUCUUAAGGGUUUUUUCUUUUAGUUUUUGGGAUGGCUUAGGGAUCUUCUACAAUAUAAAAUGUGAAUUAUUAACCAAAUAUAUCAAACUAAGGCUCCAUGUAAUUUAAUGCCUUGUAUUUUAAAAUUUGACCUUUUAGAGCAAAUACUAAUUAGGGCCCACAAUUGAUCACAAGGCUAAAUUGUUACAGUUGCUAUAUUUGUGUGUCAGAGAGCUAAAGAUAUUGUGCUGACCUUAUCAGCAGAUUUAAGAUUUUCAGAUAAUUGUAUUUUAUACUGGGCAUCAUCUCUUUUUUUCAUUGAGAUAUUUUUAAAAGAAAUCAAAAGAGUUUGGCUUUUUUAAUUGAAAAUGAUUAUUCUUUUUUUGGUUUUUUUUUUCGGGUAGUCUGGAAAUCGCUCCUUUGUAAAGUGGUUUUUGCAGCUGCCUUGUAAAAACAUAUAAAUUGAAUGUUAUGACCAUGAGUCUGUUUCCAUAGUGCUGUAGGUGCAUAAGAUAUACUGCAAAUUAUUAUGCAAUCAAAUGACAUGACAAGAAUCCUCAAAAGUGGAUUAAAUGUUUUUAGUUAUCUUCUUUAGCUGUUAACAGGGAUUUUUAGAACACUUUUUUUUUAUAUUCUUAAUGAAUUUAUAAAGAAAUGUUUUGUCCUAAUUAUAAAAGGUACUAAUUGUACAAUAUUUAAUAACCAUUAUCUUAAUGUUAUCAUUUUUAAUUAAUACUUCUUAAACAGAUACUUUAGAUAGAUAGAAAGGCAGAUAAAGUGGAAACCAUGUUGUAAGCUUUUUUCAGAAUAUUUCUCCUAGAGUACAUUGAAUUGUUAAAAAGGGAAUUUUUUAAUAUGAUAACAAAAGAGGAGGGAAUUCAACUUUUAAUGUUAAUUCUUCUACUGCUGCUAUGUAAAGAUGAAAUGAUAUUUGAUUAUAUAUUUUCAAUAAUCACUCCAUUAAUUUCUUGCCUGUAUCAAUUUUCUUACAACAGGGAAAAAUAUGUUAGAGGAACUUAAGAUUCACAAGGAACCAGAUGUAAGUAGCUGUUUUUGUUAUUAUCAAUAAUGACAAUAGUGACAGUUCUUAGGGUGUAUUUUAUAAAUCUCAAAUUUGAUUGCUUUCUAAAAUUGAAUAGAAAUGAUUAAUUCAAGCAAAUUGGAAUUAAACACAGUAAAUAGACAUGAACACAGUGUUCAAGAACCCCAACUGGCCAGAGGUAGGCUUAAGUUGGCUAUAUGCAAAGAGCAGCCAAGGAAUUGAACUCAGGGAAAGUGAAAACAAAGCCAGUGUGUGGCAUGGCUUAAGGCUUGAACAGUAGUAACCAUCACAAUCUCACACAUGAAACUUGUUCAAAUCCUAGAUUGAAGUUGUAAACUGUACAACUGUCAAGGUCUCUUGGGCUGGACAAGUUAGCAACAACAGCCACCUUAAUGGGUGCAGUUUUGAUCUACAAAUGUUCUCCAAGGCAUCACCAUAUAGCUCUAUUUACAGGUAUUCUACAUUUUUGUUUUGACAUGUGAAGGUGGUAAUAAAAGAACAAUUAAACAGCUUAAAAUCAAAUUAAAGUGGUUUUAAACUACUUGACAUAUGACUGUGCAUAAACUGUUGCUGGUGACCAUUUUAGUGUGGAUAAAGUUUUGUUGGCUAAAUUUUCAAGGGUAGGGGUUACAUUGAUGACCUUGAUUAAACAUUCAUAUAGCAAGUAGUAACUUCUUCUUUACCACCUCUGUUACUAUUAUUGUCACCUUAAAACAACAUAUAAUCAACACUGCUACUUUUACUUUUACUGUCCACUGAACUUGAUGAUGAUAAACCCCUUAUUUGUUGACUAAAAUAGAAAGCUGGUCCCAUCACAAUUCAAAAAUCCCUUUACUCUACAUUUUUCUCCUCCAUCCCCUUCCCAUUUAAAAUGAUUUAUCCCUGAAUUGUCAAAAAUACACUUUUCAAAAGCCUGUGUAGAGUUGCAACAAAGUAAAGAUUAAACAAAUGAAAGAUACAUGUAUGGUUUGUGGUUACUUCUUUCUCCUUUUGGUUGUCUGAUAUACAUGUAUGUGUAUGUUACUUAGAUUUUUAAUUUUUCUUUUGAAACUGAGUUUUUCUUUCUUUCUUUUUCCUGGCAACCAUUCUAUGGUUUUUGAUUGUUAAAGAGCAACUCUGAAAAAUCUUGAGCUUGCUGCACUGUAGAUGGGUGUUGCAUUGUUUCACUGUUACCAAAAAUAGCUACACUGACUAUUGAACAUGUAACUGAUCAUAUAAUCUUUCCGUUUUCACUUGUAGUGGUUCAGAUAAAGAGUUUAUUGUUAAGGAACUCAAACCAGGAACACAGUAUAAGUUUAGGUAAGUGCUGUGCUAGUGUUGUGAGUUUAAAUACCAGUCAAGAAACUUGGCAUGAUACACAGAGAGAAGGCAUGUGUGUAAAAUUUGCGGAAAACAGUGAACUCUUCUUUUUAAGUCUUCUGGGUUGCAAUGUCCUGUUGAACAACUAGAAAAUAUUUCAAAAGGGAAAUGUCAAAUUGAGUGAGUUUUACAGUGAAAGAAAAAUCUGUUUAUUUUUUUUUUCUGUAGUGCAGGAGAUUUACUGGAAGGCCAGCAAAGGAGGCUUUUUUAAGGCAUUAAUUCAGGAUCAUGAAUCGUUGAGGUUUUUUUAUUUAUUUACAGAUUACAGGCUGAAAAGGAGGGUGACAAGGGAGAUUUCUCUCCUGAAGCUCUCUGUGAUAUGCCCUGUUCAGUUCCAUCCACACCUAAUCAGCCUCAUGUUGGAAAUAAAACAAAGACAAGCUUUACUAUUAAAUGGACGGUCAGUCUCCUAAAAUAUUUCCUAUUCUUAUUUGAUACAUACAUAUAAGUUUUGAUUUGAAAUGAUUUUCAUAAGCUCUGAUCUUGUUUAAAUUCCCAUAAAAGAAUUACUUUUAUUAUUAAUAAUAAUUGUGACGUCACAGUUAAGACCUUGAGUUUUAACUGUCAGUGUCUGGGCUGAAAUGCAUGACAGUACACAUAACACAAUCCUGCUUGAUCCUCUGAGCAUGGAAAAUGAGAGACACCACAGCAAUUAAACUUAGUUUUGUUAAAACAAUUGUCACAAAAGGUACACAUCACAGUCUUUCAAAAUUAAACAAAUUACAAACAAUAAACUUGACAAAAUUUUGCUCUAUUAUCCAAGAUUAACAAGUGUACAGUGAAGAUUGGGUGUGAGGUGGGAGUGGAAGUUACGAGUUUAAUGUAUUUUGUGCAAGAGCUGCAUUUCAUUACUGCUGUCUCAGCAGUUUUGCCUGAGACUGGAUCUAUGUGUUGUAUGAUCUCCAAUGUCUCCUUUUUCCCUAACUCCCUCUGCUGUCCCCCAGAAGAAAUAAUUAUAUCUUGCAUGUUAUGGCCGAAAAAAAAAACAAAACAAGACAAAAAACUGAGCUAUGGUAACAGUCAGUAAUAAUUUUUCCUUAAAUUUUUCUGAUGUUCAGACAGUUAACAUAUUUGUGUUCAUGUUGGCUCUAGGCACCAUCAGACAAUGGUUCCCCAAUCACGUUAUACAGACUGGAAUGGAACAAGGGUGAGAAGGGGGGUCCCUACACUGAGUGUUACUGUGGGUCCCAGAGACAGUUUAAACUGACACAUAAACUACCCCCUGCCACACCUUGUUCAUUCAGACUUCAAGCUGUGAAUAGCAUAGGAGCCAGGUGAGUGCUCUUAACUUUUUCAUAUCCAGGAUUUCAAUUGUUGUUCUCCUUGCUGUCUGCCAUACAAUUCUUAUGAUGUUAGUUUGAAGAACUUGGUGUUGAAUCAACUAAUAAACCCCUAAUUGUUCCCUCUAUUAAAGGUCUGAGGGUAUUAAAUUUUUGAAUUGGAGUGAAUGUGGAAAUUCAGUGAGCAAGAUGGUAGAAGUGAAGAUAAUUUGAAAAGUUUAUUUUGUGAUCGAUUGGCUUAAUCUAAAUAAGUAAUAUAAAACUGGCCAUUGAAUAGGUGCUACAAAGAGCAGUGAGCCCAUCUUUCAUGAAGAAGGAUGACAUUACUUUCACAUUUACCAACCAAAUACAGUUGCUGGUAAAAAAAUAACAACAAAACAAAAGAAAACAGGUAUUUGUUGCAGAUGCAUUCUCAAGCUGGACUGUCAUCUCUAUCCAGAAGGGGAAGCAAUAAUCCUGUAAGUUAAACUUUGUGCACAACAUGUAUAAAACUUUGAUUUGUAUGAAUUAUUUCUUUACAGUAAAUUCAGCAAAGAUUUGAAGUGUGUCACCAGUGCAGGAGCACCAUCUUCACCCUCCCCUCCCACACUAGACAAAGCAGGUGUCAACUUCCUGAAUCUUUCUUGGAGUAAACCAGAAUCCAAAGGAGGUGAAUAAUUUUUUUUAUCCCUUUUAUCUAACGUGACAUUCAGGUACAAUAAAGCUUCUUCUUUUUCCCAGUCCAAAUUAAACAGUUUGUGCCAUACAUGAUGGCUGAAUGGUGUUGAAAGUUAACUGCUUUUGUGGUGUAUUUAAGUUUCUCGGUCAAAUAUGAGUAUAGAGUGAUUUUUUUUAAAUUUGUUUUUUCUUUUAGCUGAAAUAUCAGAGUAUUUGUUGGACAUGGAGGAUGGUAGUACUGUAAGUUUCUUUUCAAUAGUAUUUAUUAUAAGGGGUAAUUUUCAAGGUAGAAACUUGGCAUAAAAAAGCUUUGUUUGUGGUAAGCAUGGAAGUAAUGAGUCUUAAAGCAUGAUAUAAAGUAAAUUUUUGGGGGUCCUUUUACUAUACAGCUUAAGUUUUCUAUUACUAUUGUUUCAGGGCUAUGGUUUCCGUCCGGCGUAUAGAGGAACUGAAACGACUUGUGUGAUUGAUAAGCUUCAAAGAAAUACUUGUUACAAAUUCAGGGUAAGGCAAAGACUUUCAAGAUUUCCUGAUCUUUUUGUAUUUAGGUUGGAUACAAUUUUUAUGUUCCUGAAAAUUGCUUAAUUUAACCCUUUAAUCUAUUUGUUAGCUCUCCCUUGAAGCUGCUAUACGUUGCCUUGUAAUUUAGUGAUGAGUAUUUGGUGUUAGAUCAGGAUGACAACCUGUUCCUGUUAAGUUACAUUCUUAUUACCUGUUUGGUGGGUAAUAUAUGGACAGGACUGGGAGAAGUUGCAUUUUAAUCACUUUUAGGAGUUAAAAUGUUAAUAUCUAUAAAAAAUACUUUUGAGAACUUUUUGAUUGUGUUAAAGGUAAUGUCAAAGUAAAGUAAAUACCACAGAGAGCCAAUGAAAACUUGAAUGAAAUAAUUCAGUGAUUUAGCUUGGGAAAUUGUGAGUUAUCGAGUGAUGACUGGUUUCAGUUAGUGUUGUAUCUGAUUCAGUUGGACUAAUCAUAGGAUAAAGUGAAGUGAGCCCAAACUGGGGCAAGUCCAGUAUUUAAUCAUGGGGGUUCAGGGAAUUGUUUGCUGAAGGUGAACCCUUGUAGGGGCAUACUCCUCCGGGAGAUUUUGAAAACUAGGUCUUUAGAAACAUGAUUCCAGAUGAUUUGAGGAAUGAUUUGGGGGUGUGACUAAACCACUCAAGGCACCCCUGGAUUUGCCUUGACAAUGCAACCCCAGAUAACUUGUGAUGAGCAGAUCAUGGAUUUACAAACUCAUGUGUAACAGUUUGAUGUGUCACUUUUAAUUAAUUCCUGUGCAUUUUAUCAACAGCUUCUUGCUUCUAAUUCACAAGGGAAAAGCAAGUGGAGUGAGACUGUCAUGUUUGACACUUGUCCAGAACGACCAGGUAAGUGUACAUGAACCAAAUAGACCCAGUCAGUAUCAACCCUUUAAACCCUAAGAGUGACCAGCAUCUAAUUUCUCUUUACAUUAAUACUGUUGAAUCAUUCAGUAGGAUCAUGAGAAUAUAGGAAAUGAUCCCCAACCUAAGAAGCUUUGAUUGUGAAGUGAAUUCUCCUAGUUAGUUCCAAAGGAAAUUUAUAGCAAAUAGUAUUGAGAAUAUAGAUACUGAUGUUAGGGUGUAAAGGGUUAAAAGUAAGUUUUAAAUGGGACAGUGGGAUGGAUUGUGUAUCGAGAGAUUUGGGUUUGAGGAUAUUUUUUGUUUUUCUCAUCACAUUUCUACCUAACCCUUUAUGUUCUCUUUGUUCAGCAUCUGUACUCUAUAGAUUUCCUAAGGUAUUUACAAAGAGAAUUUGUUUAACAAUCAAGAGUUUCUUUAGUCAGUGAUAAUUUCCUUUCUUCCUGUGACCCUAAUGUGCAAUUCAAGGGUGAUAUUGUGGAGAGGAAUUAGAUGCUAGUCACUCUGAAGGUUAAAAAUGUUUUUAUGGUGUAAGAAGGAGUCCUGUUUUGGUCACAUCUUGGGGUGAAAAGGUUAAUGAACUAAGACUUUAAGCCAGGUUGUAUUCCUGAUCUAAGUUGCUUGCAAAGCAUUUGGCUGUCUUGCUUAUUAAUAUAACUAAUCCAGGAAUCGCCAACAGCUUCCACAAGGCUGACCUUAUGUAAUUUUUUUUCCCUUCAGGGCAGCCAUCUCGGCCAGUUCUUGAAGGAAAACUUAGAUCCUCAGGAUUCACUGUUGCUUGGGGUAAUUUAAAACUAAGUGAUGUGUAGCCAUGUACAUGUUGCCUCAUUAUUAAGUGACCUCUCAUGUUAGCUCAAAAAAUACAUUCAUAAUUAUGUUAACCACAACUACUACAAUUUCCUCAAAUAUGAUUGGGGCAUUAGCAGCAGCAUUUUUCACUAAUUAUUCUGUGAAGUUGUAAUCAAACAGUGUCAUUGGACAGUUGGCUGUAGUCAGACACCUGUAAUGGGAUAGUUAAAGCAACCAAUCAUAUUAAGUUCACCUGUGUAAAUCCACCAAUUACAGAAUUGAUUACAAUAAACAUAGCCACAAUCAUUUACCCCACAAAACUGGAGAAUUUUCAAAUGGAGAAACUUCUUAUUUUAGACAUUGUCUCUACCGUAGAUGUUUUCUCAAAUAGUUGUAUUUGUUUUUUGUGGGAAAUUAUGAUUGUUAUGAUUAAUUGGUAACAGGACUUUGUGUCAUCCAAUUUGUUCUGUAAUCAAACUCAUGAUUGACAAAUCAGACUCUUGUGGUGCAGCCGUCUGAUUUUGUAGUCACUCAUAUGAUUACAUUCACUCAGCCCUAUAACCAUUAUUAAAUGUUUGGUAUUUAUCAUUUAUCCCACUGUUAUGAACUGUACUUAACCCAUUAACUCCUAGAAGUGAUUAUUAUGUAACUUCUCCCUAUAAUAUUCAUACAUUAUCCGGCAAACAGGUAAUGAAAAUAUUCAAACUUAUCAGGUAAAAGUUGUCAUCUUGAUCUAACACCAAAUUCUUGUAACAAACACACAAGGAAUUGUGUAGCAGCUGAAGGGGAGAAUUAACAAUCAGAUCUUGAGAGUUAAAGGUUUAAUGUACAUGUACGGAUUAUUUUAUGAACGUAGGGUAAGAAAUUUUGAUAAGUUUUGUGCCAUUUUAGUGCCACCAGAGGAUAUGGGAGGCUCAGAGAUCUCAGCUUAUGUGUUACAAGCAGAUGAUGGUAAAGGUAAGGACUUGUGGGUUAUUGAACAACCAGACUUUGUAACAGAAAAUCUUCAGAGCAUCAGGACAUUAAGCGCUAGAAAUGUCUGGACCCACAGUGGGAGUGGGACGGUAGAGGAGGGGCUCCUCCCUUAUAUAAGCCACGUGGGUACGUGAAGCUGCUAAGAAUAUGGUUUUAGAGCCAUUUUGGUCUGACAUCAUGUACAGAUUUUGACCAGUAUCAGUUGUUAUUAUCCAACUGCACAAAGUAGAGUACAAAGAACGCGCGAAUAGAAUACAAGUAUCUUGCGAUAUUGUACGGUUAUUUGGACAGUUAAGUUGUACUGUAAACAGACCUGCUUAACCAGUCGGCUGCGCGCGCUACGCUUCUCUAUCCACUUUGCUUUUCCCGCCUUACGAGAAAUGAGCAGAAAAACUCUGCAGAAAAAAGAGCAGUUAGAUAAGAAAUAACUUGUAAGAUGGUUUGGUGUGUAGUAUUAUUUACUCGUAGUUUGUAUUUUACCUCGCCCUACGGGCUCGUCAAAAUACGGCACAACUCGUAAAAAAUACUCAGCGAUACUAUACACCAAAACGUCUGAUAAGAUAUCUUUAUUUUCGUCAAGAAGCCCUUAAUCGCCAUGAGUAAGGGCAAUAUGAACAUAUUUCUUUACCACUCUGUUUUCAGGAGGGCAAUUUACGGAGGUAUACAGAGGUCUGGGGUGUGAAUACACCUUUACUGGCUUAUCUCCUGGACAUCUUUUCAGAAUUCGCUUAGCAGCUGUUAGCGAUGGUGGUACUAGUGAGGUAAGCUUUACAACAGUAUUUGAUGAAGUCUUGACCUGCUUAGCAGUGGCUCAGUUCCAGAGGGCGUGAGUGAUUCUUGCAUUGUGGUAAUGAUGCUCACUGCCUUCAUGUUUCCUUUCAGUGGUCCAAAGUGACAGAGAUCAGGACCUUACCAGUUGUACCUGGCCAAGCAAACCCUCCAGUCUUAUCAAAAUCUAACAAACCUCAGCCAAACACACUUGAUCUUCGUUGGGGUAAGUUCAGAGGAAAAUGCCUGACACGCAGAUGUGACUCUUUCACUUACUGAAGUUUUUUAUUUACUUGUUUGUUUGUUUUCGGGAGAAGAGUGGGGCCUGGUGGUUAGUGUGCGAGACUUCUUGAGGUCACUGUGUUGUGUUCUGGGGUGAGACAUUUUGAAUCGAAUGUCGGUGUCUGAGCAACUGCGCACCUACCACUCCCCUAAUCCAACAACAGCAAGCUGAUAACAAGUUACACUGGGGUUAAGUAAGGGGAGGGGUAGGUUAGAUGUCAGAUACUGACAUUUCCCUCCCUACUGUCACCAGCAAACUAACAAAAUUUCGAGUGGUAACCUGCUUGGACUGGGAAUGUCACAAUAAUUAAAAACGAACAAACAAACUCAAAUAAACGAACAAAACAAAACAAAACGUAGUCUAACUGCUUUCGUUUGACUUUUCUUUUGUAAUUUUAUAUUCCUGCAGAAAUGGUUUUUAAGUCGUUCGAUGACGCUUUGCAAAAUAACAGUCUGAAGGACAAUCAAAAUAUUACUUGCUGUUUCACUCAUUUAUACCUUAAUUGGCUCAUUGUAAGUUAUUCUGAUUUUGCUGUAGAUCCACCCAGUUAUGAUGGGGGUGCUGCUAUAUCAAGCUAUAUCAUGGAGAUGGAAACCCCUGGAACAAAGGGUAAGAAAUUCAGUCAGAAUAUUUGUUUAAUGUGAUCAUUUGCAAUCCUCUGUGUCAACUUUCUCCUUCCUUGUCCCUUCUUGGUUAAUAAAGGGGGUAACUUUCUAAAGAAACUGUGUUACUGUGUCGGUGGGAGAGUAUAAUAUGGUAAUUUAGUGUUAUCAGCUGAGUUGAAAACAUAAAUUGGCCACCGUAAAGAGUUUUAAAGGCUAUAGUUCUUUAAAACUCUUUACGAUGGCCAAUUUACGUUUUCAACUCAGUUGAUAACACUAAAUUACCUUCUAGGUUAACUUUUGUACGGGAGAUCAGUCAUGACACGCCUGUCCAAUUGUGAUUCUCCAGCGCUUUUUUUAGCAGGCGUCGUCCCUAACCCCAUCGAAAUCAUUGUGAGUUAAACCCCAUGAAACACCACCUGUUAGGAUUUAUCUUGCUUAAUUAAUGGUGACAAAAAUCCUUAUGGAGGGUGACUCAGGUGUAACACACACCAGCUGCGCUGUAAAGUUUGUUUAUUGUUGUUAUGGUUCUUCUAAUUACAUUUUCAGAGUUCAGAGAGAUCCUCCAUCUUUGCGACAAUACGUGUACGGUAGCAGGACUUCUUCCAGGAAGGACGUACUCUUUUAGAGUAAAAGCAAAGAACAAGGCUGGGGUAAGACACAAUAUUUCAGAACUUCUUUCAACUUUUCUCAACUUUAACACUUUCUUCCAACCGCUAGAUUCGAUUUCCAGACCCGACGGUACAUUUGGGUUCACUUUGCUGCUGGUUCUCGUCCUUGCUCCGAUACUCUCUGUUCUCCGAUUUUCCUCCUCCCACAAAAACCUAAAAACCAAAUUCCAAUUGCACCUGGAAACAUCGGACGAAAAGCACUGGAAAGGACUUUAGUUUGAAUGCUCAGUGGCCUCCUGUUCCUUUACUCUUGACUUGGAUGUCUUCUCUUCAUUCGCUGAUGGUUCAAAAUAGCUUCAUAUUUCAAGCCUGUUCUUUCCUUCACUUCUCUUUUUUUCGUGUGUAAUCGCUGUCGUACGAAGCAGUCUCAGAAAUCUUUAUUUUCAUUGUCGACAGGUUGGCAAGGUGUCAGAAGUAUCUCACAUAACCACUGCACCAGGCUCCCCUGACACCCCAAGAGCGCCGGACAUCUUAUGCCGCUCGGCUGCAGCUAUCAUCGUGUCCUGGGAAGUAAGUAAUAAAGUUGCAUCAAGUGCCUUUUCGAUUCAUAAAAUUGUUUCGGUAAAGCAUUUCCAAGCUUAAUUAAAAUGAACAACGAUGGAGGAUUUAUUGGCAAUCAGUGCCAAAUGCUAAGCAAAGAGGUUUACUGUUGUAACCAAUUAUACUUAGAAAAUGAUCAUGAUAAAAAGCAAUUUUCAAUUGAGUGUCGAGGAAAAUCUGCCAAGAUUGCUUUGGUACUGCUUUACCUCGUUCUGUGAUUGGUCCAGAAAACUCGCGCCACUCUCUUAACCAAUCAUAUGCAAAACCAAAACCAGUCACGAUUUGGUCCGCGUUUUCCCGCGCUUUAGGGAGUUUGGUUGUUUCUACUUUGAGUUUUGGUUAUUUUCCUUUCUUUUAAUUGGCCGUCGUUAUUAUUUUGGUUUCGGUUGUACGACACUCAAUAAAAAAGCGCUCUUUUUAAUGAUCUUUUCUGAUUGAUUGGAAAUUACUGUGUUAUUAUCGGGUUGUGUCGAUUGACAAAACUACAGGUAAUACAAAGUGUGUUCAAACGAUUUUUGUUUUUGUCUAAUAGUGCCCGGCAGAGAAUGGUACACCAGUGACUGGAUACACUUUAGAAUGGAUGGAAGAUGGGGCGUUCACUGAGGUACUGAAGUAAUAAUAGUGGCAAGGUUUAUUUACUGUAAGUGGUUAGGACGGAGUAUAGGGGACGGCAGUGAUAAGAGCGCGGGUUCAAUUACUCCACCUGGGGCCCGUUUCUUGAAAGUCCCGGGAAACUUAACGGGCACGAAGCCAUAUAUUAAAAUCAAAGUUAUAACAUUGGACAAGAAGAGCCACGUCGUGGACUGUCCACUGCUAAAUUGCCAUGAGAUGAAAAAAAAGAAAAAGAAAAUGAGAAGUCUUUGAGUCGACUGGUAUGAAGCUGGAAUAGUCAUUAAAUAAUCAAUUGACAUCGUAGCUCAUAUAGGGCCGACGGCACAUUGUAUGACCGAUUGGUAUCGGAGACUCCCCGACUCUUUCACGAAAGUUCCCCGAAUCAGAUUCUUCUGAAUUGAAGAGUCUACAUUACAACACCAUGCGAAUAAGAAUAUGAAAAUUCUCUUUAACUGAUAAAUGUAAAUUUUGCAUCUCGUGAUUCGCUCGUGAAUCAUAGGGGCUUACUUAUAGUAGAUUUGUAUGUUUUAGUGGCACAAGUCAGCCUUAGAGCUGUUUUGAAGUAGUUUUUUUCCUGUCCAGCUUUACAGUGGCCCAGACAAAACGUGUGAAGUCCGCAAAGGAGUCAGCCCAGCAAGCUUUUAUUACUUCAGGGUCAAGGUUUGUUUUUUAUAGGGCAAUUUUCAAUUUAGUGUCGAAAGUAAUCAAAUGCAAAACUAAGAUCAAUCACGACUUAGUCGCCUAAGUUUUUCCCAGUUUUCCCGUGCUUUAGGCAGUUUGGUUAUUUUCACUUUGAGUUCUCAUUGGCUCUUAAGUUAUUUUCCUUUUUUCUGAUUGGCUGUUGUGAUUUAGUUGGUUUUGGUGUUACGUCACUCAAUGGAAAAGCGCUCUUUUAUGCUUCAGUAUUAAAUUCACCUUUAUCUGUUGCAUACUGACCAAAUGGCUUUUCUCCUCAGGCUCUUAGUGCAGUUGGUCCCAGUCUGUGGAGUCCAGUUAGUACUUGUCAAACCCCGGCCGCCUCACCUUCGGCUGUAACUUCAAUAAGAGUGGUAAGUUUGAAAAUCAAUGCCCUUCUUCUUACGUACAUACAAUUAGUUCAUUCCUUGUUCUCUUUAGUUCCACUUUUGUAGGCAUUCAAACUGAUAAAAGCACAACAACGCUUCACCUUCGGCUCUUUGAUACAACUUGGAAUCGACUGCAUUGUGUUUGAUCUGAUUUCGGUCCGUUCCCCUCGCAUCGUUCUUACGUUCACCUUCGGCACUUCUUCAUGCGCCUUUAGUGCAAUUUCGGAUUGACUGUCUUGUGUGUGAUGUGACUUCGGUGCGAUCCUUUCUCAGAAUUCUUUAGUCUGCGGUGGAAGUGCAGCUUUAUCUUAUUUGAGCCCUCCACAAGUCUCUGUAGAAUUCUACUUAUCCCUCUCAUUAGCAGUCAAUGUUUUAUGGGGCCCCCCCUUAAACUCUGUUGGAGACGACUGAUCCCCCUCCAUUUCCCCCAAAAACCAUACGAUCCCCCCCAAAAAGACCUCCCGAACCCCAUCUGCCCCCCCACUACCCCUCUUCCUCAGGCGAUGAAUAUUGACUCUGGUGUGAACGUAUAUUUCUUUCAUUAAGAAAAGGGAAAUAAUUAACUUGAGCAAUUUCCCUUUAGGUACAAAAUUCUUCAUCUCAUGUGAGCCUGCGCUGGAGACAUCCGGGAAACAAUGGCGCCCCUAUUACGUCAUACAACGUAGAAGUGGCCGGCUUUAAAAACAUCAGUUUUGACGUCAGCAAUAGCGAAGGGUCUGAGGCCGAGGAAGAAACGACAUCUGUUUAUCAGGACUAUGACAUCAAUGAACUUCAACCUAACACUAUUUACAGGUAAAGAGAAUUAGUUUUUCAUCGUUGCCUAAGGGCCUUGAUCUUGGGUUCCACAUCUUUGCUGGGAACAAGCUCACUCAAGCCCAGUUCUUGAUUCUUGAUUCUUGAAAGGUCGUUUAGCAGUUCAAGGGAUAAGUCGUAAUUCAAGGGGUAAAUUUUGGCGUCAACUCUGUAACUCCCUCGAGUGAUCAAAAAUUUUCCUUACAUUGUUAAUACGAUAGCAGGCAAACAAGUGAGAACAAACAUGAACAUCAAUUCGGAGAUUAUUGGAUUAUUUGGAUUGCAGACAGUAAGGAGAAUUACUUAUGAGAUCUUAGUAGUGAAAGGGUUAGAAAUACUAUGCUAUCCGUUGGAUAGUGAUUAAAAUCGACCACUUUUAAUACUGUGAGUAAGUCGUCUUAAAAUAAACGAAGCUGUAACGAAUUAUUAAUAACCUUUGUUCGUUUUUGUUCCAGAAUUCGUGUUCAAGCUGUAAACAAAAUAGGCUGUGGACCAUUUAGGUGAGACAAAGUGAUAUUGUGUUAUUUCUUUGUUGAAGAUUUUUUUCGGUGUUUGGGUCUCUGGUAGCAGAAGUCAAAAGUGUUUUUCUUUUCAUAUCUUCCGACACGGGGAUGUUAGCCAUCAGCCUUUUAGAGCUUAUCGGAAUUUACAGGAGCCUAGCGGAGUUUUAUCGGAGCUUAUCGGGGUUUUUGCGGAGCUUAUCGGAGUUUUAUCGAAGCUUAUCGGAGUUUUAUGGGAGCUUAUUGGGGUUUUAUCGGAGCUUAACGGAGUUUUAUCAGAGAUUAUCGGAACAUGGUCUGACCAGAGGUAUUACCACUCACUCUCGCACCCACUCCGUCUCCUAAACGUGAUGAACCCUAUCAUUCUUUCCGUGAUUUAGUUUGUAAGACUCAUGUAACUGUAUCCAGCUCCCAAGUUUUAAUUUAUUAUUAUUUACUCAUUACAGCGCCACCUUGUUCGCGUCCACUGGCGACCUCCCCCCUCCCGCUCCGCUGUUAGAACUUGCCACGCCUUCUUACCAGAGUCUAAAGCUGAGGUGGACGUCACGUGGCACUAAUGGCAAGACAGGCACGGCUGGUGUGACGUACAAACUUGAAAUGUUGGACAAAAACGGAAGGUUAGUUUCCAUACAGAAUAUAGUGAAAUUCUCUAUGUUGUACUAGACCGACCCGCCAUGGCUGCUGGAGUUUGUCAGAGCUUAUCGGAAUAAAUCGGAGUUUAUCAGAGUUAACUGGAAUUUAUCGAAGUAUAUCGGAGUUUAUCGGAGUUUAUCGGAGUUUAUCGGAGUUUAUCGGAGUUUAUCGGAGUUUAUCGGAGUUUAUCGGAGUUUAUCGGAGUUUAUCGGAGUUUAUCGGAGUUUAUCGGAGUUUAUCGGAGUUUAUCGGAGUUUAUCGGAGUUUAUCGGAGUUUAUCGAAGUUUAUCGGAGUUUAUCGAAGUUUAUCGGAAUUGCGUUUUCUUGACACUAGAGGAGACUUAAAAAUAGACGUUUUUUGAAACUUCUGGCUUGCCCUGGCAUCCAACGAUUAAAUAUUUUAGCAUUUUAUACUGAAAGUAUUUACAGAUUUGUAGCAAGCGCCAUAGAAAAGAACUCUCAAAUUUAAGCCGCUGUCUGCCCUCUAAUUACCAAGAUCAAGUUGUUUUUUCCCCUCUCUAGAUGCUAAACAUUUUCUUUUUAAAUUAGUUAGGAGAAUUUGGUGUUAGAUGAAGGUAAUGAUUUCUACCCGAUAAGUUUGAAUAUUCUCAUAACCUGUUUGCUGGAUGAUGUGUGGAUAUUAUAGGGAGAAGCUACAUGUUAAUCACUUCUAGGAGUUGAGGGAUUAAACUCCUCAACUGCCAUCCCCUUCCGAGUUUGAUCUAGAGUAAACAUACCAAACAGAACGAGAAGACAAAGCGCUUCCCUCUCUACCACAUUAACUAUUUUUUCUUGUGUACUCUUUGUUCAGCUUCGUUACUGUCUUCAACGGUCCAACGACAUCGCACAAGGUUGGCAAAUUACUGGAGAGGACUGAGUAUCAGUUCCGUAUUCAAGCCAGUAAUGACGCUGGGCCUGGGUCCUUCUCUGAUGUGGUGUCGUUUGUAACGACUGCGCAGCCACCAAAUAUAGUCAAAGGUAAGUGUGCUAACCAUUGGUCCACUAAUCCCACUGGCUAAGGGGCGAUGUUUUUUUUUUUGUAUUAUGGUUCUUUCGUAAGGUUAAGUCUUAAGAAAAAUCAUAAGUGAGAACAAAGGACAAAUUCCCAUACCCAGUGAAAUACGCCUGAGAGGUUUUUGACAGAAAAGAAGAAUUCUGGGCUACUCGUUGCUCUUACGUCGCGAACUUCAUAAGAUAAUAAUAACGACAACGAUAAUAAUUAUGAGGAUGAUGAUGAUAGUAAUAAUAAUGAUAAUAAUGAUGAUGACAAUUUAGGGCUUGUAUUACGUAAGUUAACAUGAAUCUGACCAAUUGCGCUUUACAUGAUAAUUCUAUCAUCCUAAUCCUCUAAUCCCAGUACCUGUGUUCAACGUUAAAAACAGUACUACUUCAUGAAAAUUUUAAAAUUUCUGCUUAGAUCUAAUAAAACCUCAUUCUGAAAUGCAUUUAAAAUUGGAUUGUAAAUGUUACAUCAAAAUGUGUAGUGAAAAGGCAAUUAUCGGAGGCGAAAUGAAAUAUGAUGACCAUGCUCUAGCGCUUGCUGCUCUUUUUGUAUCACUUGGUUGAAAAUUCGUAUAUUGAAUCGUCUUUAUAGGGUUGAAGGUAGAGAACGUGACACCUUCCUCACUGAAUGUCAGCUGGGAGGCUGUGCAAACUGUUAAGAAAGGAGAGCCAAUUGAAUAUUUACUGCAGAGUCAGUGUGUUGGAAAGGACCCCGAUUUUGUGCAGGUUAGCUUAAACUUACCACAUUGUCGGACGAAUGUUUUUUACCUAUCAGGCCGAAGUUAUGAGUGGCGUUAGGUGUUUACUUAUUUCUCAUUUUCAGGUGUACCAGGGGCCCAAUACAAAAUUCGAGUACAAUUCGCCCCCAGGUUCUGCUGAGGUUCGAUUUCGAGUUUGCGCACUACGUUUAAUGAAUGCUCCGAACCAGUCCCCAGGCUUCAUCAAAGGUGUCUUCUCCGCGGUUUCUUCCGCGAGGAUUAUGACACCGAAGAAGAGGAAGAUUUUGGAAAGCAGCGCAGAAAGUGAUGAUCGCAAACCGGAAAUCAAAGAGGCGACCAGGGUAGUUCUAACUGAUACGCAAUGGGCUAUGAUUUUCUUCUCGGGGUUUUCGUUGCUGGCGAUCAUAGUAAUCCUUCUGCUGCCUUCUCUUUUGGAGUAUCAGAUUAGUUAACUACUUUACCUUCAGAUUUCUUUUCCGUUCAAAAAAACGUCUCUAAAUCAUUUUGUAGGGCUUAGGAAAACCAAAGUGACUACUGAAAAGUAUUAGUCAGUACCUUUCAUUUAAAAUGGUCUCUCAGUAAGGUUUCAUCGCAGACGUUAAAAAGACCCACGAAGGGUUUUUUUCAUCGAAGUAAGUAAGACUUGGUAAAAGUGCAGCUUCACACAGCUUUCAGUGAAGUGAUUUUAGUUCUAUUGGGUCCAUGUUGUUUGCUUGGUUCCGGUUUCUCAAAGGAUGGAUAACGCUAUCUGCUGGAUAUAUCUCCAUCCUGUGGAUGGUGCAGUAUGUUUUUGUGGACACUUGUUCACUGGAUAGCGAUUUAUCCGUUGGAUAACGUUGUCCGCCCUUAGACAACUGGGCCCUGAUGGAUAUCGGUUAAAAGAUGCCAUUUGGUUAAUUGUGAAAGAAGGUUAAACACGGAGGUUGAAGGCAGCGCCUCCAGCAACAGUGAUGAACGUCAUAGAAAGCGAAAUUCUUGUUUACGGGGUAGAACUUUACUGAACUGAUUACAUAUGAUGUUUAGGUUUCAAUCUCCAAGUUCUUAAAAUUACUAAAAUUAAUUUGAUUUUUUACUGUUGGAAGUAAAGUGGACUUAUGUGCGAUAUUUUUAUGUGCUUUUCAGUCUUAAAAUUCAACUCGGCUAUUAGGCGUAUUAAGUUAUAGUUAUUUUCCGAUAGCCAACGUAAUGUGUGCUGAAGGGAAACUAGGUAGCCUCUAGAGGUAUUUUAAGUAUAUCCUAAAUCAUUUCGAAUGAUGAGAAAAUUGAAAACUGGAAUUUAAAUCAUUUAUUAGUAAAAUACUGGCAAGGCUCUUGUCCGUUCAUGUGUCGGGGGAUAUUCAAUGAGAAAACUGUCACGCAAAGUGUCACGCAAAACGUUCUCAUACUGUGGUAUAAACUGUGCGUAACCAAGAGAGGAUAUCAUGGAAGAAUGGUGCUGUUUAUAUGGAGCCUCGAAGAUGCCUUGUGACGUAAAAAUAGUCUUAAUCAAUGAUAUUAUCUCCAAGAGCGUUAAUGACCAAGUAUGUCUUUAAACAAUAAUUCAUGCAGAUCUACACUUUCGUAUGUAUUGAUAAAUUUCGUGAAGAAUUAUAUGAUGGGUUUGCUUUCAACCCGGCCACUUAAGAAAGAAAUCCUAUAUUCAACGUUUAUCGUAAUUCCUUUGUUUGUUAUGGAUUUGGAUUGGAUUUGGAACAAAUUAACUCGUUGUCCUUGAAGAGAAUGAAAUGUGUGGGGUUUGUUAUGAGAAAAAAGAAAAUGAAUUUGAGCUUUUUCUCCGGAAACCUGCAUCAGUCUUGUAAAUGUAAUCUUUUUCAGAAAACUUAUCGUUGCGAUGUAUAAUGGUAUUGUUCCUAACCUCGUUAUCCACAUUCUUUUGGCUGUUAUUCUUAGAGUGUUCUUAGCCUAACUUAGAAUAUAUGUCACUCUUUGGAAUGCCGUGUGGACAGUUUCGGCUGCGAAAAUUGAAAGCAUUUUUCGGUUGUAGGAGUAGGAAAGAAAGGCAAGUGAAACUGUGGAACCUUUAAGUACCAACCCUCAAAGGUUCUCACCUCACCGAAAAAUUUAAGCUCACGAAUCUUUAAUCAUGUGUGACUUUGAUAUUAUCGACUGAUAAUUCUGUAGUCAAUGUAGGUUAAUUAGUUCUUAAAUGCGUGACGUAUUGCAGUUAGGCUCGCAUCUCCGAGAACGGGUCUUUUGAGUAUUUGAAGCAUAUCUAAAGUUUAAUUAAUGUCGUAAUCAUCUCUUAAUGAAGUGGUCCGCUAUUUUGUGAAAUUCUAGCAAGUACCCCUUGAUAAAGUCAGCUUUAUCGGUGCCCACUCUUAAGGACUUAAGGACUCUCAGUUUAGUCUGUUUCUUGAAUGUCUUCAGUGUCUGCUGCUGAUUGAUAAAUGGUAGAUGUCUGGAUUUUUUUUUUUUUUUUGUGAAUACUGUAAAGGGAAGGUGAACACAUAGAAGAGCGUUUCAAUUGAGUGUCGUCAAAUAGAAGCCAGAGUAAUUACAACGGCCAAUUGGAACACAGAUAGAUAUCACGACCAAUCAGAAAGGCGGGAAAAUGCGAGUGACUUAGUCACGAUUGGUUUUAGCUUUGCAUCUUAUUGGUUGCAAGGGUGACGUAAUACAAAGCCAAGCAACCGCGGAUUACUCUCGACACUCAAUUGAAAAUGACGUUAUUCACGUAUAAAAGUUAGCCAAAGUUUCUCCCACAGAUAGAUUUAAUCAUAAUUUAGUCUAAAAGGAAAUGAAAGAUGUUGGUAAUUGGAAUCGUUGAAUGGCUCAACCCACAGAGCGUUAAAGAUUAUUGAAAAUGCAACGCGAAGAAGAGAUAUAUUUAUUUUUAGAGAUUAAAAACACUGUAAGAUAAAUAAUAGCUAAAUUGUACAGAGAUUCUCCUCCUAUUUAUCGUUAUAUACCUGCACUUUGAUCUGUGUCAGUAGUGUUCUACACAAAUAAACCGGUUCUGUUGCGAUG